AUAUAUUUGGUAAUAUUUCAGGACUACAUGGUGUAGAGAGAAAUGAGACGUUGUCUGGAAAAGAUCGUGGUGGGAAAUCAGCAGGUGUCUUCACCGUGGUCAGGUUCCCCAACUCUGCUUGUCUUGGAUCUGGGGGCCUCAAUGGAACCUGCUUUACCGCAUCAGAGUGUACAGCUAAAGGUGGAAGUGCCUCUAUAAGCUGUGCUGCUGGGUUUGGUAUCUGCUGUAUCUUUUCUAUGGCGUGUGGAACUACAGUAGCUCAGAACAACACCUACCAUAUUAUAACAACCUUCAAUACAGCUUCCAACCCUUCACCUUGCACAUAUAAAAUCUGUCCGUGUAGUAACAAUAUCUGCAAAAUUAGAUUAGACUUUGAGACUUUUACUAUCAGCGGACCGGCAACUACCGUAAUUAAUACGGACAUUGCUUCAGUGGGUCCAGCAGUUGGGGACUGUCUAACCGACUCAUUUACAGUGACUACCCCUGGAAGUGGUGCACCGCCUACUAUUUGUGGAUUUAACACUGGACAGCAUAUGUUUGUUGACUCAAGCUCAGCUUGCAACAUCCUCUCCUUUAAUAUAGAUACCGCCACCACUACAACUAGAAGUUGGAGGGUGAAGGCUACACAAUACGACUGCAGAAGUGAUGUUCCAGGGAUAGUUGAUGACUGUCUGCAGUACUUUACUGGACUCUCUGGAACUAUAAGAAACUUCAACUAUGAUACUACUAAAGUUGAUUCAGCCCUGGCAACUGCAAACACUCACCUUUCAAACCAGGACUACAAUAUCUGCUUCAGACAGGAGAGAGGCUUCUGCUCAAUAUGUUUCGAUCCAGUUUCAACCAAUUCAUUCUCAGUAAGUGCCAGUGGUGAUGCGGGUAUAGCUCAAUCCGCUAUAUCAUCAGUGUGCACUGGAUCAGAUGCAUUUGGAGAUUAUAUUGAGGUAACCAACCUGGAUGUUGCCCCAGUUACACCAGCUACGCUUGGUAUACAGAGAGUUUGCGGGAACUUCUUUCAUUCAAUUCUAGGACAAGCUCCUGGAACCACAUUAUGUAGUGCUCAUGUUCCAUUUCGCUGGGGGGUGAGGUUUGAUGAUGGAGAAGUAACAGCCGACACUUCUGGGGGAGCUAAUUUUAACGCUGCGGAGAACUAUGCUGCUGGUGGAACAAUUGGCUUCAACAUGAACUGGUUUCAAUUACCAUGUUAAACAAUUGUAACGAAUUAUAACAGAAACUAAGCCUAUUUAAUCCUGUAGUUAAUUUAUCGUAAUAAAAUUCAUAUGUGCAA